AAUGUUGAAACUGCUGUUUUCGACUCGCCGACUGUACGACCGCCGUAGAACAAAUGUGACCUAGGUAUAAUAUAUAAGCAGACGACAUCUCCCCCUUGCAACGUAGAGGGCCUUGAAAGCGGAUUGGAUGGCGGCGAUUUCAGAAACUGGAGCUCAGCUUUUUGCUCGACUUGGCGAGAAGCCCUCUCUUGCUAGACUGAACCCAAAACUGAUCCCGCCAGGUUUGGAACCUCGACCUGGAGAUGUGGUAGAGGUCUACGGCUCUAGCGGAUCCGGAAAGACUGAACUGCUUUUGAACCUUACUGCAAUGUGUGUUCUUCCAGAGCAGUGGAAGGGCAUCAAUAUCGGGGGACUAGGAACCAGCGUUGUGUUUGUAGACACCGACCAUCAGUUCUCAAUGCUCAGACUGUUUGCCCUUCUGGAGCACAAAGUUACUAAUGCUAUUCAUCAGUUGAAGCUUCGGGAUAAUAUUGAAGAUCAUGGUAAGGAAAAAGCAAGGACAUCAUGUAUCCGUUCCGAGUGUCCAGAUAAAAACAGUGAUGGGAUUGACCAGAAAGGUUGCGUCCGACAGAAUCCAAAAGUCAAUGUACAAUGUGCUCGCAGAACUACCCCAUCUGCUGAUCAAUCAACUGAUGAUGCCCAUUUUUCUCCCCCUUCUGAAGAAGAAGUAGAGGCUUUCAUAAAGGCCUGCCUGAAGAGACUCUACAUCGUGAAGAUUGCUUCAAGCAACCAACUGGUCAUAACCCUCCAUUCUUUAGAAUCCUUGCUUGCAAGCCAGUGUGACAUUUCUGUGCUGAUGUUGGAUUCGGUAUCAGCAUUCUACUGGUUGGAUCGGAUGAAAGGCGAUGGUGCACAUCAUCAGGGUGUCAACCAGAAGCUGGCAUUUACAAUCCUCUCCAGACUAGUCCAAGACUACCAUUUAGUCCUCUUCGCUACCAAGGCAGCUCUUGUUGCCAAGCAACCUCAGAAUGAAUUCUGGUCACGACUUGAUUCUGCUAGCGAAACAGAUUGUUCUCAUCGAACAUCAUCAUCAACAUCAAGUUUGAAAUUAAGCACGGAGCAUCAUGAGUUCAUGGGUCAAGAAUGGACAAAGCUUGUCACUCAUCGACUGGUCCUUGAGCAACGAGAUCACAUGACCUCUGAUGGACCAAUCAGCUCUUUUCUGUCAGUGCUGAAGCACAAGACCUCAGGAAAUAUAUAUUCGUGUCAAUUCACAAUAGAUCAACAAGGUAUACAGGACGGAAGAUAAAACUGUAUUACUCUAAAAACUUCAAAAUUACUACACUGAAGUGAAACUGAUACUGCAAUAGCCAUGUAUUUGAUUACUGUUAGACCCUCUGAAGGGGGACCUGUUCAAAAUACAAAUUUCAUUAAUUGAUAAUUUGCUUAUUAUGAUUAUAGUCAUUUAUAAUCAAUUUUAGAAUUUCAGCUGUAUUCUAUUCUAUUUGCCCUCAGUGUUAGAGCUAACAUAUUCUUUACUUUUUUCUCCCUUUUUUUUAGUUACUGUAUCAUUCAAGUGCUAUUCAUUGAAAUAUCAGAGUCACAGUGAUAUCAUUGUCAUAUCAUGUUGUCCUAAUCAGGAAGAACUUGCCAUCAAUAAUAUGGAGCUGGAAGCUCCAUAUAGUAAAUAACACUCCUUUUAGUUUUAGGUGCAAUAUUUAGUAGAUAGAGAUAAUCUAACCGCAAGUUUUAUCACUCUUGUGGACUGACUCAACGUACAUGUACAAGGGAUUAUGUUUCGCUCUAUUUCUGAUCCGGCAUAUUAUCUCAAUCUGAUCAAUCUCAAGAUUAUUUGUAAUGGAGACACAAUUAACGUGCUAUCCUAUGUCAACUUUGGAUUAUUUGCAAAAUAGUGUGCUAUUUUACAAAUUAUCCCGCUAUUUUGCAGGUGCAGACGCACUCUUCAUUAUUUAUUCACGACGUCAGACAAUAAUGCAUUGAUGCCUCGCUCGAGCAGGAAUCGCUCUUGCGAUGGUGAAGUCGGGGUUUCUUGAAUCUCGAGAUUAAUCGCGAAGAGGGCCGAUUGGGCUAAAAUCUCGAGAUUGAGCAAACUCUGGCUUGUGCCUUGUGCAGCACUGCCUAUUGGAUCACUGGACCAGUAGAGGUGUAAUCCAAAGUCCCUGUUUAAGAUUUGAUUAAUCCUCUAAUAUAUAUAUAUAUAUAUAUACAUACCCUUCACCCAUCUCAAGCAGCGCACAAGGAAAACCUCUGACUGAUCACUAGGCUUAAGCAACUCCUCAGAAUUUGAAAAUUAUUUUGACAACUUGGGCUUGAAAUUUUGAUGUUUUUUUAAGGGCAAGGUCACUGUUUCAUAGGAUCUUAGGGGUGCUCACAUACCCUCAUUGUCUUCAUAUAGGCCAACGUUGAUGAAAAUUGGGGGAAAACAAGAAUUUAUUUCAACUAGAUUGUCAAAUGUCUGUAAAAAUAACCUCAGAAAAUGUUCAAUGGCUCACUUGAUUCUACAUAUUGAAUUAAAUUCAAUGCUCCAAAAGUACAUGUGCAUUUCAAAGUUUCCAUCUGAUAUGGUACAAUGUGAAUUUUUGUGAAUUUUUUUUCUUAAUAAAGUACAUGUUCAAUAUGGACAAAUGUUUAUGGACGGUAAACCAGGGUGACUUUAUGUUGUAAAAUAGUAUCGUAUGAUUCCCCUUUCAUGACAUACCAAAAUAUUUUCAGAAAAUUUAACAGCAAAAGCAAUGUCACUGAUUUUAAAAUUUGUCCAAAACUCGUCUUGGUUUAUGGUACAGUUAGGCUUGGAUAGCAGAUGACAAGAAUUACCUCAUACUCAUAAAACACAUUCACCCACACCCACUCUACAGCUCUGUGCAUUUACAGCCCUAAAUUUUGUGAAAAUGCUUUACUUUAAAAAUAUUGGGACAAAUUUGAGAAUGAUGUUGGAACUAAUCAUAAGCCAUGCUUCAUAUUGUCUACGGUAUUCAUGAAAACUAGGUCAAGAUCCUUUAAGUCUGUUAUGCACUGUUGAAUAUGCGGUGGUGCACUGAUAUGUUUGAGUUCACUGUCACGGUGGCUGUUCAACAACGCUCAACAAACAGACCCAUCUAUAAGUUUCUAGUAAUAAACAAACCUGUAUUUUGUUAGCCAUGGUAUUGCUAGCCUACAAAAACAUACAUGUAAUUUUUCUUGAAUAAAUCAAACAAGACAUGUUA